AUGGCCUCCUGCCCUUAUCAGCGGUUACAAAGAGGCGAGCGCGCAGUGAAGGCUCGAGGAGGUGCCCCCAAAACCAUAAACGUCUUCCUCCAUGUGUUGUGUAUGCUGGCCGCCCUGCUCCACAGCGCCUCCCCCUGCCCGCCCCCCUGCCACUGCUCCUCCGACGGUCAGGUGGUGAACUGCGGGGGGCUGGGUCUCUCGUCUCUGCCCCCCCUGCACCUCCUGCCCCAGGGGAGUCGCUCGCUGCUGCUGGCCAACAACAAGCUCUCUGCCCUGGGGACCUCCGCCUUCGCCAACCUCUCCUCUCUGGAGGAGCUGGACCUCUCCAACAACUACCUGGAUAAUUUACCGGGAGGAUUAUUCCGAGACAUGUCCAACCUGACGAGACUCACUCUGCAUAACAAUUCGCUGACGGGAAUGGACCGAGAGCUGUUUCAGGGUUUGGGAGGACUCCAGAGUUUGGAUUUGUCCUUGAACGGGCUCUCGACUGUUCCACUGGGUCUGCUGGACGAGCUGCAGAGCCUGAGGUGGUUAUCUCUGGCGGGGAACAGGCUGCACGCGUUGGAGAGAGCGGCUUUUGAACCUUUAGUGAACCUGCAGCGUCUGGAGCUGGGGCAGAAUCCCUGGGAAUGUGACUGCAACCUGAGAGACUUCAAACACUGGAUCGAAUGGCUGCUGUACAGAGGAGGGAGAGUCGACGCCGUGGAGUGCACCCUUCCCAAAGACCUUCGCGGGCGGGACAUUCGGACCGUCCCCGUCGAGAUGUUCAACUACUGCCUGCAGCUGGAGGACGAGAACGGAGACGGAUCUCGCCCCGGCAACGGCGGGCCCCCCUGUAGCCGUAGCAACCAGAACAGAGACACGCCCCCUAGCGACAACAACGAAGACUCCUCCUCCCCUUCGAAUCCCGGGGGCGAGGGGACGUCCGACUGCGUGCGGGCCCGGUACCGCCCCGUCAGCGUGCGCCGGGCGAUCGGCACCGUGGUGAUCGCCGGGGUCGUGUGUGGGAUCGUGUGCAUCAUGAUGGUGGCGGCGGCGGCGUACGGGUGCAUCUACGCUUCACUCAUGGCGAAAUAUCAGAGGGAGCUGAAGAAGAGACAGCCGCUAAUGGGCGACGGAGAGGCAGACGGAGAGGACAGAGAAGAAAAACAGAUCUCGUCGGUCGCUUAA